AUGGUUGGGGCAUGGGGAAAGUAUAUCCAGGAGCUGCAAGAAGGGCUGGAGGAGUUGGGGGGGAUCAUUGAAGCGGGGAACACGCAUUGGUUGCAGGACAUCAUGUCGUCAUCCUUCCUCCCUGGAAUGCGCGGUUCACUCACUGCGUACGUUCCUGAACCCUGUCAAUGGUUCGUCAACGGCACCGCCUUUAUCGCCUCCUCGUACCUCGAGGAGCAGACAUGUCGCGCAGCGCGCUUCCGCGACGUGCUCUUGGGAGCGAAUGGACGAAGGGGGGACCUAACCUGGGCAGAGACGAAGUUGGCCGAGGUGGAAGCGUGGAAGAAGCAGAAGGGGCUCGAUCGUCAGAGUGGGCGGGAGACGGCAAUGAGGAUGAUUGCAAACCAAAAGAAGAAGGAACGGAAGGAGGGGAAGUCAAGGCAAGGGGGGGCCAGGGAAUUGUGA